AUGAUUUUUCUAAUUGUAAUUAAUUUUGUUGUAACAACAGGAUUUCCAAAUAGACCUAGUACAUCUUCGGAUAUUUUUACCGGAAAAAGACAAUUUUUUAAGAAUCAAGGAGAAGGAUUAAAUCAGUUUUCGAGCGAAUCCAGUAACCUGGAUAAUAAAACGGGCAAUAAUACAAGUAGAGAUAGUAUUGAGCUUCAACCAUUAACUAACGAUGGACAACAAGUAAAAGAUAGGCAACCCAAUUCUAAUUUAGGUAAUGGAGUAACGUCAAUAGAAAUGAAUGACCCGGAUAAUCAACCUGGCAGUGAACAAGAUAGUCUCAAAAACAAAGAUGGCUUUUUAACUAGAUUCUGUAUUUUUUGCUGGUGCUGUAUAGCUUCUAUUUUUGAUUAA